AUGACAAAUUUAAUUCAUAAAUUUCAUCGGCUUAUUCACGAAAAAUACAAUGAUACAAAUGAGAUAAGUUCAUUAAGGGGAAUGAUUUAUCUUGACGAGAAACGCUUGUGUCAACUUCGAACUAUAAUUAAUCACGAUAAUGAUAUUGAACCACAUGGAUUAUCUUUUAUAUCGGAUCAUCCACCUGUAAUGUAUUCAACAUUAAUUCAAGUAUGUCUUAUGCGUGCAGCAUUAAUUCGCUCCAAACAUGAAUUACUUUCACCAACACAAGUGUUGACUGGACAACAGCAAAUACAGGAACCAGCACAACCACAGAAAGGCGAAGAGGUAAAACGCAAGGGAAAAAGCCGCGGUGAUGGAAAAGCACAACGUCGGCGUGGAUUACUUCGUCGAAAAGGUUUAGAUCCAGAUUGA